AGCUGCACGUCACGGGGGUGGGGUUACGUGUGGGUGACGUGGCGGCUGUUACUCUUUGGGCCGGUUUCGGCGGCUUAGGAGGCCAGCGAGGCGACGGUGACGGCCCGGGAGUGUGAGGCGCUGGCGGCGGCGGUAGGCGACAGAGGAGUCCGAGGUUAUGCGACUCAAUGAUCCCGCGGAAACGCUACGGAUCUAAGAACACGGAUCAGGGUGUCUACCUGGGUCUUUCAAAGACACAGAUCCUGUCCCCUGCAACUGCUGGCAGUAGCAGCACCGACAUCGCCCCUCCCUCCCCCCCAGUGGCCCUGGUCCCUUCCCCUCCAGACACCAUGUCCUGCCGGGAUCGGACCCAGGAGUUCCUGUCUGCCUGCAAGUCACUGCAGAGCCGUCAGAAUGGAAUCCAAACAAAUAAGCCAGCUCUGCGAGCAGCCCGACAACGCAGUGAAUUUACCCUUAUGGCCAAGCGCAUUGGGAAAGAUCUGAGCAAUACAUUUGCCAAGCUGGAGAAGCUGACAAUCUUGGCAAAGCGCAAGUCUCUCUUUGAUGAUAAAGGAGUAGAAAUUGAGGAGCUAACAUAUAUCAUCAAACAGGACAUCAAUAGCCUCAACAAACAAAUCGCUCAGCUUCAAGACUUUGUGAGGGCCAAGGGCAGCCAGAGCGGCCGACAUCUGCAAACCCAUUCUAAUACCAUUGUAGUUUCUUUGCAGUCAAAAUUGGCUUCCAUGUCCAAUGACUUCAAAUCAGUUUUAGAAGUGAGGACAGAGAACCUGAAGCAGCAGAGGAACCGUCGGGAGCAGUUCUCCCAGGCACCAGUGUCGGCCUUGCCCCUUGCCCCCAAACACCUGGGGGGUGGUCCUGUAGUUUUGGGAGCAGAGUCCUACACCUCCAGGGACGUGGCCAUUGACAUGACAGACUCUCGGACGAGCCGGCAGCUUCAGCUCCUUGACGAGCAGGACUCCUACAUCCAGAGUCGGGCAGACACCAUGCAGAACAUUGAGUCCACAAUCGUUGAGCUGGGCUCUAUUUUUCAGCAGUUGGCACACAUGGUUAAGGAACAGGAGGAAACCAUUCAGAGGAUCGACGAGAACGUGCUCGGAGCCCAGUUGGAUGUUGAGGCCGCCCAUUCAGAGAUCCUCAAGUACUUCCAGUCAGUUACCUCCAAUCGAUGGCUCAUGAUCAAAAUCUUCCUUAUCCUCAUUGUCUUCUUCAUCAUCUUUGUGGUCUUCCUUGCCUGAACCCUCCCCACUCUGAGGCACUUCGUGGGGGUUUGAGACCCUCCUGGGAGAGCAGGUGGCCAGUGCUGCCACUGAGCCCGUGCAAGGUGAUUGGGGAGAAUGGCCAUUUCCUUGGAACUGCUAAGAAUGGCCAGUGCCCCUAAUCCCCUACUGUUGCCUCUGGCCACUCUGUCCUGCCCUCAGGCCCUUGAAACACUGCUUCUGGAUUUGGACUCUGCUGUGAAGUGGCUGUAAGGGAGCAGAGGCCAACUGGGAGCCGGUGGGGGAAGUUGUCUCCACCUGGAGAUUUUUAUAAACCCUUACCCCUCUCUUCCAAAGAAAGGUAGCUUUGGCAACAAGGGGAAAUGAUGCCCCUCCCUGCCUUGAGAGUGAGGAGAGGAAGCAAAAUUGUCCCAGGGACCAACUUUCCCAUCUGGAUUAGAACUUGACUGCCUUCCUCCCUUCACCAUGUGAGGUGGGGUGGCUCUGAGCCCUUCAGUUGCCUGCACAACCCUGACUUUGGCUGCUGGUGACUCUCAGUCUGCCAAAUGUGCUGCAGCCUAUUUCCUCCCAAUUACAGCAAGACUGUCUGUCAGCCUCUC